AUGGGUAACAAAGAUUAUUAUGCCAUAUUAGGUGUUAACCAUUUGGCUAGUGAUGAUGAAAUCAAACGUGCCUAUAAACAAAAAGCACUUAGACAUCAUCCAGACAAAAAUUGUGGUGAUGUUGAAGCUGAAAAAAAAUUUAUGGAUAUUAGUGAAGCAUAUGAAAUAUUAUCCGAUCCAUAUAAACGUUCAUUAUAUGAUCGUUUUGGUUCUGAAGAAUUACGAAAUUAUUUAGGUGCAGAUCCAAAUACUCAGUUUUCGUCAUCCGGUCCUUAUUAUACAGAUUAUAGAACUGAUUCAAAUAAUGAUUAUACAUAUGAUUCAUAUAAUAAUUAUUUUGUACGUUAUAAAGAUCCAUCAACAUUCUAUGAUUUAUAUGUUACAUUAGAAGAAGUUAGUAAAGGUGCAACAAGAAAAAUGAAAAUAACACGUAAAAGAUUUAAUGUUGAACUUAAUACAACUGUACGUGAUGAAAAAUUACUUGAAAUUCAAAUAAAACCUGGUUGGAAAGAAGGAACUAAAAUAACAUUUGAAGGUGAAGGUGAUGAAUUUGAUCAAAAUACUAUAGCUGGUGAUAUUGUAUUUAUUAUUCGUGAUAAACCCCAUUCAAUAUUUGAACGAUCAAGUUCUGAUUUAAUUUAUCGAGUUAAAUUAACUUUAAAACAAGCAUUACUUGGUACAUUAAUUGUUAUACCAUUUCUUGAUUCAACAAAACAACCAUAUCAAUUUUUUUCUCAUCAUGAAAUCAUAACACCACAAACAGAAAAACGUUUUACAAAUGAAGGUUUACCUUAUCCAAAAGAUCCAACAAGACGUGGUGAUCUUAUUGUUAAAUUUGAUAUUCUUUUUCCAAAAGUACUUAAUACUGAACAACGUACAAUUGUAGAUUGCUGUUUUUCAAAUACAAUUGAUACUUAUCAACCAUAUGAGUCUAUAUUUCAUAGUACAAUUAUCGACGAGACACAACAACAACAAUAUCAACAACAACAGCAAUUGUUUUCACAAUUACAACAACCAAAACAACAAUCACAACAGCAACAACCAAAACCACAGCCGCAGCAACAACAACCAAAACAACAAUCACAACAACAACAGCAACAACAGCCACAGCAGCAACAAUUAUUUUCACAGUUACAACAAUCACAACAGCAACAACCACAACAACAAUCACAACAGCAACAACCACAACAACAAUCACAACAGCAACAACCACAACAACAAUCACAACAGCAACAACCACAACAACAAUCACAACAACAAUCACAACAGCCAUUAUUUUCACAGUUACAACAACCACAACAACAAUCACAACAACAGCCGCAACAACAGUCGCAACAACAAUCGCAACAACUAUUCUCACAAUCCCAGCAAAAACGGCAAGCAUCACCACCACAAAAGCAAUCAAUUCCUAAUUUGAAUUCAACAUCUAUUAACAAACCUCAGUCUACAUCUACUAACGCGAAGAAUAAUCAAACAGUUUUAAAUCGCCAUAAUAAUAGCAAUGGACAUCAAAAGUCAUCAAAUAUUACAACUAAAAAUCGUAAUAAAAAUAAUAAAGUAUCAUCUGUUAACACUUCUGCAUCAGCAUCAGCAUCAGCAUCAACAACAGCAACAGCAUCAGCAUCAGCAACAGCAUCAGCAUCACCACCACCAACAACUUCGCCUAGAACAUCAUCCAUCAAUGAGAUUGUUUUUUGA